UCCAACAAAAUGGUGUCAAAGCGUGUGUGGUUCUAGUCAAUUUAUAUCUUUUAAGUUAAUUCUUGCUCUCUUAGCACGGAUGUGUCGGCUCCAAAUGACAUGAUGGUUGCAGACUCUCACCUGCCAUCUGUCGAGCAAAGUUGUAAGUUCAACAAUCCACAGAUUAUCAGUGAUAUGAAUGGACGUUGCCGUGACCGAUUGCUGCUGAGCUGAGUUGGUGAGCGCGAUUCUGGACAGAGAACCCCUGCCCGGCUCGAGACCCAGCCGCCAACAUGCCCGUCGCCAUUUCGACCGCGCUGCCCCGCGGCCCGCUGAUCGGCGCCCUGGAGGAGGGCACCCGGACGUGCCGCUUCGCGCUGUACGAGGCGUCCACGCUGCGCGAGGUGGCCGUGCACUGCACGCAGGUCGAGUCCCUGCGCCCGGAGGAGGGCUGGGUCGAGCAGGACCCCGCAGAGAUCCUGCGCGCCGCCCAAGAGUGCAUGUCCGAGGCCAUGGCGCGCCUGCCGCCCGGACUGGGUGUCCGCGACGUGGCCGCCGUCGGCGUGACCAACCAGCGCGAGACCACGGUGGUCUGGGACCGCGUGACGGGGCAGCCGCUGCACCACGCCCUCGUCUGGAACGACAUCCGCACCAGCAAGACGGUGGACUCGGUGCUGGCCAGGCUCCCCGGCAACGACAAGGACGCGCUGCGCGACCGCGCCGGCCUGCCCGUCAGCCCCUACUUCAGCGCCCUCAAGCUGCGCUGGCUCAUGGACAACGUGCCCGCCGUGCAGAAGGCCAUCGCCGAGAAGAGGUGCCUGUUCGGCACUGUGGACAGCUGGCUCGUCUGGAACUUGACGGGCGGCUCUCGAGGCGGUCUCCACAUCACCGACGUGACCAACGCCUCCCGCACCAUGCUCAUGAACAUCCACACCCUGCAGUGGGAUCCCCUCUUGCUCAAGGCCUUCGACAUUCCCAGAGAAAUGCUACCGGAAAUCCGCAGCUCGUCUGAGGUGUACGGCGACAUCGCGGACGGGCCCCUGCACGGCGUGCCCAUCUCGGCCAUCAUGGGCAACCAGCAGGCCAACCUGGUGGGCGAGCGCUGCUUCAAGGAGGGCCAGGCCAAGAGCACGUACCGCAGCGGCUGCUUCUUGCUCUACAACACGGGCACCGCGUGCGUGCACUCGAAGCACGGUCUGCUGUCCACCGUGGCCUACAAGCUGGGCCCCGACGCGCCCACCGUGUACGCGCUGGAGGGCUCCGUGGCCGUGGCGGGCCACGCCAUCAAGUGGCUCAAGGACAACCUGAACCUGCUCAAGGACCCCGCCGAGGCCGAGCGCAUCGCCAGCGAGGUGGCGUCCACCGGCGACGUGUACUUCGUGCCCGCCUUCACCGGCCUGUACGCCCCGCACUGGAGGAAGGACGCCAGAGGGAUCUUGUGCGGCCUGACGCAGUUCACCACCAAGGGCCACAUCGUGCGCGCCUCUCUGGAGGCCGUGUGCUACCAGACCAGGGACAUCUUGGAGGCCAUGGCUCGCGACUGCGGCAAAAUCAGCACGGAGACCCUUAGCGAGCUGCGAGUCGACGGCAAGAUGGCCGAGAACAACUUGCUGCUGCAGCUCCAGGCAGACCUCUGUGGCUUCUCAGUCGUUCGCACAGACAUUCACGAGAAGGCGGCACUUGGCAUUGCUAUCGCUGCUGGACAAGCCAAAGAUAUUGACCUAGUAAACAUUAAUGCCUUGCCCCCCUCCCAGUCACAAUGUGAUGUUUUCACUCCCAGCAUUACCCCAGAGGAUAGGAAAGCGCGCUACACCAAGUGGAAGAUGGCUCUGACACGGUCCCUGGGAUGGGCAAAGCCCUCCAAAUCACCUUCUAUGACAGAUAAACGAUACCACCUUCUUGCCUCCAUUCCACCAAGUCUCUUCCUUAUUAGCUCAUUUGCAAUGAUGCUAGCCUCCGAAAUGUAGUCCAUUUCUAAUCCAAUUUUAGUGCCACCUCUCUCUUUUAACAAAAGAGAGUAUGAGUGUCCACUGUUGGAAGAUCUGAUAGAUUGAUUUUGUUGCAGUUUUUGUUUUGUCUUUAGAUUAUUUAUUUAUUUAUUUAUUUACUACUGUUGUAUCUUUGUUUGUAUUCCAAUUUUUAUUACCAAUCUCGUUCUGCAUUCCAAAGAUAGCAAUUUCAGCACUUGUGUUUGAUGUGUUAGGUUCAGUGCGACACAUGUGAUCUCGAAUAUUUUGCAAAGUAUUUUUCCUAAAUGAAUUAUUUGAUUGAAUAUUAAUAAAAAGAUAAAUCCGUUUAAA